CUGGCCUUUGCCGGAGUUUGACCCAAGUCAGAUCCGACUGAUCGUGUAUCAGGACUGUGAAAGAAGAGGCCGGAAUGUCUUGUUCGACUCCAGUGCUAAAAGAAAAAUCGAGGAUGUUUCGGUGUCGAAACUCUGCAGCGAUGCUCAGGUGAGGGUUUUUGGGAAAUGUUGCCAACUGAAGCCCGGAGGAGACAGCUCUUCUUCCUUGGAUAGUUCCAUCAAUUCAUCCUCAUCGUUCUCGGAUGCAAAAGAACAAUGCCCAAAAUACCAGGGUUCUCGGUGCUCUUCAGAUGCUAACAUGCUUGGAGAGAUGAUGUUUGGCUCUGUGGCCAUGAGCUACAAGGGCUCCACAUUGAAAAUUCACCAGAUCCGCUCACCUCCUCAGCUCAUGCUCAGCAAGGUUUUCACAGCUCGCACUGGAAGCAGCAUCUACGGAAGCCUGAAUACGUUGCAAGACAGUCUCGAGUUCAUUAAUCAAGACAGCAAUACACUGAAGCCUGACCACAGUACAAUUAUGAAUGGACUUCUUGGGAAUAUAGGUCUUUCACAGCUUUGCAGCCCCAGGCGGGCGUUCUCAGAGCAAGGUCCGCUCCGCCUGAUCCGGAGCGCCUCUUUCUUUGCAGUUCAUAGCAACCCCAUGGACAUGCCUGGGAGGGAGCAGAAUGAGGACAGAGACAGCGGUAUAGCGAGAUCUGCAUCUCUUAGCAGUCUGCUCAUCACUCCGUUUCCAUCUCCGGGCUCUUCGUUUAACAAAAGCUGUGCUAGCAGUUACCAGCGGCGUUGGCGUCGCAGUCAGACUACCAGCUUGGAGAAUGGGGUCUUCCCUCGAUGGUCCAUGGAUGAAAGCUUUAACUUGUCAGAUGACAGCUCUGGUCCUAGCCCGGGAAUUGUUAGGAAGAAAAAGAUUGCAAUUGGAGUUAUUUUUUCCCUCUCGAGAGACGAAGAUGAAAACAACAAAUUUAAUGAGUUCUUCUUCUCACACUUCCCUCUUUUUGAGAGUCACAUGAACAAGCUGAAGAGCGCAAUAGAACAGGCUAUGAAAAUGAGUCGUAGAUCAGCUGAUGCCAGUCAGCGGAGUUUGGCAUAUAACAGAAUUGUGGAUGCCCUGAAUGAAUUCAG